GUUGCGUAUCCUGCGCAGGCUAAAUGAGAAAGUGAAAUCGCGAAAAGGUUGAGAGCACAUACACCCUGGCAUUGAUACCCUCAACAGUUGAACAAUGACUUACGCCAGUGAUAAACUUAAGAAUGGCUUCAUCCGUCGGAAUAGGUCCCGUAUUGCCAAUGAGGUGAAAGCACUGGAAAUACUGCUGCACUUACCCUGUCUGACCACAACGGACAUGGAAGAAGUGGAAGCAGCAUUUAGAAGAAUGGGGAACACGUACGCCAUGUCACAGCUGCUGGAUAACCUGACACGGAGGGAGAACUGGCCUGAGGAGUUCAUCAGGGCUCUGGAGGAGUGUGAGCACCCUACACUCGCCCAGGAGAUGAGCGACGCUUACGAGGCCCUGAAACAACCCAAACAGAGGCAGAAACCUGUGGCACCAUCUGCCGGACCAGCUGUUGUAACAUCUGCACACGUCCUUACUCCCUCAAGUAUUGCUGCCCAUCCACCAGUCCAUCCAUCAGCCCCCUCAAUCCCAUCCCAGCAGAUUGCCCAAUCUGCCCCUUCCCCACAGUAUCUCCUCAAUCUGCCCCCCUCCCCACAGUAUCUCCUCAAUCUGCCCCCCUCCCCACAGUAUCUCCUCAAUCUGCCCCCCUCCCCACACUAUCUGAAAGGUCUGCAUUCCCUCCCAGUAGGACCCCAGAGCGUCCAUACCCUCCUAAUGUGCCUACUGAGUCUCUCAUCUACCCGAACACCAGUAACCAGCCAGCUUUCCAUCCCAAUGUGGCUGCCAGUACUGCAUCCGCCCCUAGUUUGGUACUAGUGCCACCUGUAAACAGGCCAUCAGCUGCAGCUGUGGCACAGGUCCUCCAGCCAGAAGUAGCCCAGGCUCAACGCCUUGUUGUUACUCCUGAGCCUGACAUCACAAAUGCCCCCAAGAGUGGUGUCACUCCCGCAGAUAUCUCCGAGCCCCCCAGCCUGUCACCAGAUCCACAGGCCCCCCUUUACACGUACAGCCCAGGGCGCCCCCAGCCAACCAAACUCGCCAUCCAGGAAACAUGCUCCCCCAGCUGCAAAGGGAACCCACUCCAGCAAAAAUCAGAAGACACUUCAAAUCCAACAUUGCACCAGGUCAGCAGCACACACCGGCAUCCCACAGCAUCAUAUGAAGACCGCGAGGUCCAUCGUCCACCGCAUGGCACAAAGAACAUCGCCCCUCCUGCUCCUGUUCCGGUCUCUGCCCCUGUGGUUGCCAUGACACACCGGACGCUUCCCAGACCGAUUGACAGUGAUCCGGAGGACGAGUUCUUCAGCAAGCCUGGAGUUCUACAAAGUUUUGCUGCCGAACCUUGUUCUCUGACCUCCGAUGACCUUGAAUUGAGUGUAGCUCAAGAGCCUGAGGUUUGCCCUGCACCUGUCUUACAGUCAGAUCAAGUAUCUAAUUUUACUGAAGCUAACCACAGCCGAGGAUCAGUUAAUAUCCAUAACAGUGGGAGUCCCAGCUGCCAGUCAGAUGGUCUUGUAGAUGACCCUGCCCUCUCUCCAAAUCACGUCUCAAUAGAGGAUCACUUUGAAUCAGUGCGCCGUAACUCGGCGGACCAAGGAACAGAGGCAUAUGUAAUCCAUUUUUCUCAGGAGCCAUCAAUCCAGAAUUAUGAUGGCCAGAUUCCAAGCCGUUUGGAAAACAAAGUCUCCAGCCAAGAGAUGUCUGUGAUGAACCACAGUGAAACACAACAGCAGCUUAACACAAACCAACACAGCCUCACACAGAGCAUUCUGGGAAAUGGAGUUCAUUUGAGAUGUGGCACAAAGACUGAAGUCAUUACUGAGAAGAUGGGGAACGAUUUACAAGGAGAAGAGAGCAGACAUCAGGAGAAAGGGGCGCUGAGAGAGAUGUCCAUGGCAAGUCUCGUACCAGUCCUUCAGAAUGUUCCUCUCAUUCCAGCAGCAGCUGCAGCUGUUGGGAUCUCUGCAUUAUUCAUUGUUUGGAAACUCAGCAAAUGAGCACCUGUAAUGCAGCGGAAACCCCAUCCAAUCCUUGUGACAAUUGUAUUUAAUCACUUUGAUUAAGAGAGUAUCUCUUCAGCAAAUCCACACCACCUUGAUGGCCUUUUACUGGAUGUUGCUCAUCCAUGUCCUUCUGAGAGCCCCUGUGAUUUGUCAACAAGCUUUCAUAUUCCAAUUCCAAAAACAUCUCAAGUCAAACGAAUUGGGAAGCACAAAAAAAAAAUCAAAAUUGUAUUAGCAGCAUCAGCAAAUAGGACAAUUCUGGCAGAUAAAACAAGACUAUAAUCUGCCCCACCUAUUGGGAUUGCAUCAUACAAAUCAUUUUUGAUGAGACCUACACUUUAAUUUGAGAAUGUCAUAUGUCAGAUUGUAUAUUUUACAUCUACACCAUCUUUCAAUUAUUUUCUUAUUUUUCUUGUUUGAAUAUCUAUUAUUUCUUAAAGGUGCCAUGUGUAAUGUCCGCCAA